CACAUCAGAGGAUUGCUUGUUGUGCCUGGCAGUGGAACUCGUGGAGUGAGUGACGGCGCAGAUCCUCGUUGGUCAGCAGCUGUAGACGUCAGCAUCUUUACUUAACAUUACUCCUUGGCUUCUGGCGGUAACAAGAAACAAGUGUAUGAGCUGCAUACUGGAUAUAGUAAGACUACACGAGAAGCAUUACUAUUCUGUACAGUCAGAGAACAUUUUACUGCAUCACAAGAGAGGAUCUAAUGCAACAAAACUAAAGCAGACGACUACCGUACUUGACGUUUAUAAAGAAGAGGCAAUACUAAAAGCAGGUUACCUGUAUUCUAAAGAUCUGUGGCUGUAUUAACUGUAUCAUCUCAUUGACUUUUUUUUACAGCACAGUGGUGUAUUAUUAUAAACGUGUUCUACUACAUCUGUGUUUAAAAUGAAACAAUUAAAACGAUUAACCGAAAUGGCUACUAACUGUGCAAUGCUUGUGCAUUUUAUUUUAUUUUUGGCAAACCCAAGACUCGAAACAGCUGCAAGCGACCUUCUAAAUCAGAGACCGGCGGUAUACGAAGCCAGUGUCGUUGACAAACCCUUUGAUUAUCACACUGACAUGUCAGCACUUGCUGCCACAGACCAGGACAUGGUAGCUAUUCACAUGCUUAAACUUUAUAAUAAAUAUAAUAGAGAAGUUAAUCGACCAAGGGACGGCAAUACAGUACGCAGCUUCAAGGCAAGCAUGGAAGUCAUAGAUCAGCAGCCCUUGUAUCAUUUUAAUUUGACUUCCGUUCAAGAAUCAGAAGUCAUUCUUGCCACUACGUUUCACUUCUUCUUUGACAAACGCACAAGACACAGACCGUUUUUCUGCAAACGCUUCAAAAACACAUCCUGUCAGCUCCAACAGUUCCAUCACUUUCCUUCAGUGAACUUGAUCUUCAGAAGUGCUUCCUCAAAUGUGGCUGUUGGAUCCUUGCUGGGGAACGUCACUGUUUACCCCAAUAGGAGGGGAGCCUGGCAGUUAAAGGAUAUAUCAGAGAUAAUAAAAGGAGCAAAGAAAACUGGGGACCUCUUGAUAACAAUUGAAUUUGAUAUUGGACAAAAGUUCCAAAAGUAUCAAGAUCCUGUAGCACCUUCAAACCUACCAUACAUUCUUGUAUAUGCCAAUGACCUGGCAAUAUCAGAACCAAACAGUGUUGCGAUAACAUUGCAGAGGUAUGACCCUUUCUCCCUAAAUGAGGAAACAACCCAUUCUCCCCACACCUCCCCUGAAGCCCGUGUUAAAAGAGAUACCUAUUUUCCAGAUCCCAUCAAAAAUAAUGAACUCCCAGAAGUAGAAUACAGUACUUUUAAAAAACAUGACUUGUGGGAAAGUGCUUACAUGUCCCUGAAACCAAAAACUUCUAAAAAGGACAGACGGAGAAAGGGACAGGAGAACAGUGAAGGAUUGACUAAGUCACAGGUUCUAAGCUUUGAUGAGAAGACCAUGAAAAAAGCUAGAAGGAGACAAUGGAAUGAACCUCGAAUCUGCUCCAGGAGGUACCUCAAAGUAGACUUUGCGGAUGUUGGCUGGAGUGAGUGGAUCAUAUCUCCAAAAUCAUUUGAUGCCUACUACUGCGCAGGGGCUUGUGAAUUUCCACUGCCAAAGGUGCUUCGCCCCUCCAAUCAUGCUACAAUCCAGAGCAUUGUGAAGGCAGUGGGAAUCAUUCCUGGCAUCCCAGCGCCCUGCUGCGUUCCUGACAAAAUUAACUCGCUAAGUGUCCUGUUCUUGGACGAGAACGAGAAUGUGAUAUUGAAGAUUUACCCUAACAUGUCCGUGGAGACCUGUGCAUGUCGAUAGAUACUGGGAGAACACUUCGUUAUGAACUGGCGAUUCACUGAGAAGGAAACUAAACAAGUGACACCUUACUGGUUUCUAUAUGAUUGAUACAGGGGGGUGGGGGAGUAUCCAACCAGAAUUGAAGCUUCAGGCAACAUUACACAUCUAAGCUGCUGAACUCUUUUCUUUACAGUCAGGGUGAUAUUUAUAGAAACAGAUCUUUCAGUCUCUUUCUGCCGCUUUUUGAAUUCUGUCUUCUUCUUUAUACACACUGCUCUCCAGCACGGAUUAGAAUACCUGUUGGGGUGAGAUAUAUAUGUACAAUCUGUUGGGAGAUAACUCUUUCAAUACUAAUACAAAUCUGCCUUGGUCCGCAAGAAAUGUUAACUAUAGUAAAAAGAGGCAGCAUAAAUUACAAGGAAACCUAUAGCGAGGAGCAAAAUAAUUGUUAAAAGAACAAUAGUUGUGCCUUUCUCUUGUUAAACUGUAUGCUGUUUACAUGUCCACUGAAAUUGUUCUUUUUUUGAUACAAAAAGUAUUUUUCUAUGUAUGUAUGUAUGUUUGUAUGUAUGUAUGUAAUUGUAUCCUUCAGUAGCUGUUGUUGCUGUUUAUCAUUUGGUAUCAGAGUUUUUAAUUCGUAUAACUUUUUUUUUUUUUUUUUUUUAAUUAUGAAGGAAGUAACCACCAAAUCCACCCUCCUAAAUAAAGUCAACCAAAUGUAGCUUUAAUUUACCUCAUAUAAGCAUGAAAGUGAUGUAUGCAAUUAAAACAUUUAAAUGAAGCAAGAUACUAAUUUGUUUAGAAAAUGUUAACUGUACCAGUUGUAUCUAAUAAUUAUAAGUAAUUGUCAAUGUACUGAACAAUAUUCUUAUUCUAGUCUAGGUCGUACUGAAAUCUUAUGUAAUCUUAGACAAGUGGUUUAUGCAGCGUUUCUUUUCGUCCAAAUGAAUAGUUAAGGUUUUUCCUUCCUUGAUAAACACACAUUAUCUUUAUGUCACAAAAUGCAUUUAUGAAAUUAUAAUUAUAAAUAUUAGAAGUUUAAUAUUGCUUAUGAUCUAGUCUUUUACCUUGUCCUGUGUUCAGAAUAAUAAUGUUUAAGAUGCCUUUAUAAGAUGUGAUAGUGGGACAUGCAUAUUUAUUAUACUGUGUUCUUAUUUGUGAUAGAAAUAGUAACAAACCUAAGUGGUAAAAAAAUAUUUUAACAGUGUUAAAAACAUGGCAGUCCCAAUACACAAAUGGGCACUUUCAAGAGGGUUUUACUAACUGGGAUGGACAUAAUUUUUUCAACCUUGUAUAAUAAGAGUGACAAAACCUGGAUAUAAAAUUAAAACAUGUUCCUCUUAAUUCCUAA